UUCGCCAUCUGAUAUAACUCACAUCUAACCCCACUCGAGCCUCGACUCACACGUCAGUUACCGUUCGCGUUUGGAAAGUGCUACAGUCCUGCUGACUUGGGUCUUAUAUUCUACGGGAUGAUUGGAGUAACAUGGCUGCUGUUGGGUGCGGCGCUAGCACUGUUUUGGGCAUAUUCGUGGUGGAAACACCGAUACUGGGCAAGAAAAGGCGUGUCCACUCCGCCUGUGAUCCCCUUCAUCGGUCAUGCACAUAAAUUGCUUAUCCCAGCUAAAAUGUGUGACUUUGAAAAAGAGGCCUACUUCAACUAUGGUGGAUCAAAGUUCUGCGGUCUCUACUCCUUCCACGAGCCAAUGUUAUUGGUGGGCGAUCCAGAACUCAUAAGGCACAUUUAUGUGAAGGACUUUGACCACUUUAUGGACAGAAGGACAAUAAACUUGCCGAGUGAAAAGGACAAAGUAAUGGCCAACAUGUUGACUAUGAAGACAGGUGAAGAGUGGAAGAAACUGAGAGCCAUCAUGUCUCCCACUUUCACCUCAGGCAAAAUGAAGGGGAUGUUCCCACUCGUGUGCAAAAAGGCCGACCAACUCGUCUCCUUCUGCUUGAAGGAAGCACGCACAAAGCCCUUUGUCGACAUGAAGUAUAAUUUUGGCCGCUUUACCAUGGACACUAUUGCUUCCUGUGCCUUUGGUAUUGAAUGCAAUUCACUAGUGGAUGAAAAGCCAGAAUUUGCUGAACAGGUUGAAACUUUUUUCAAUGUUACACCGGGAAUGAUAUGGAGAAUUGUUUUCCUGACCGUGUUUCCUAGGCUUGCCAAGAUACUUAAAAUGAGAUUUACAGCACCAGCAACUGAUUUCUUUACGGAAGUUGCCCAGGAGACUAUGCGAGCGAGGCAAAGUGGAAAUAGAAGAGGAGACUUUUUGGAUCUCUUGCUAGAAGCAGAAGUCUCCACUGGCAAUGCCGAAGGAGUCACGGCAAUGGAAGACAAUACCUCCUCCAAGCCCAAGCAAACACUGGAUGAACUUACCAUCAUCUCACAAAGUGUCUUGUUCCUGGUCGCCGGUUACGAUACCACGGCCUCCACGCUGGCCUUUGCGUCCAUCCUACUUGCCAAGCACCCAGAAAUCCAGCAACGCCUUCGUCUGGAGAUCAGUGAAAUGGUCGAGGAACACGGCGACAUAACCUACCAGGGGAUUAUGGAAGCCAAAUAUCUUGAUGCUUGUAUCAUGGAAACCCUUCGCAUGUACCCACCGGGGCUUUUCCUGGAGCGGAAGUGUAUAAAGGAAUACAAGAUCCCUGGUACGGACGUGACCAUCGACCCUGGCGUAAUAGUGACAACCCCGAUCUUCAACAUCCACCGGGACUCGAAGUACUGGCCUGAGCCCGAGGAAUUUCGCCCCGAGCGCUUCCUGCCGGAGAACAGGGCGAACAUCACCAACUUCACGCACAUUCCUUUCGGAAUGGGACCCAGGAAUUGUAUAGCGAUGAGAUUUGCCCUCAUGGAAGCCAAAGUGGGUCUGGCCAAGAUGCUCCUUGCCACAGAUAUAAAGUUGGCACCAGGGCACGAAGAAAUUAAAUUUGACCUUGGCUUUGGUUUGCUGAGGCCAAAGGACGGGGUUAACCUUCGCCUCCCACAGAAGACAAGGUCAAGAUUGAAAAAGAGCAGAAAGGAAGAACAUGUAUACCGUGCCUUAUCAGUUAUCGGUUCCUGUACAUUAGAAGGAGGCCUCUGCAGCAAUGGUCUGAAAUUAUUCGUAUGUUGGAUACAAUCAUUUUCAAUCUUCCUCUACUUACUUGCUAUUAACGUAGCUCCAUUCUAACACAGGAUAAAAAUGAACAAAAAGUGAAAAGAUUUUCAUAUAACUGAAAAGUGCAUGUCAUGAAUUUUAAGAUAGAUAAAAAUGGUCACGAUAAAAAAAAACUAAAAUAUAAAAUAUAUUACCCCAGACUGAAGAAAUCAAAAUUCCAGUUCAUCAAUAUUCCUAUGUUUGAUAUAAAGAUUAAAAAACGA